AUGGCCGUGGAUUGCUUCUUCCGCGCCUCCGGGCUGGCAGUCGUCAACACCGUCUACAUCGGCGGCACGGCCAUGAUCCUCUACGGGCUCGUCAUCCUGGAGCAGAGGCCCCAGCGCAACAAGGGCUCCAUCAUCGUGCUCACGCUCUUCCUCCUCCUCUGGGUCUGCCUCGACGCCACCGUGUACACGGCCUUCUGCGGCGUCCUCUUCCCGUGGUCGGCGCUGCGCCGGUGCCAAGCCUCCACCCACGGGGCGCUCCUGCGGCUCCUCCGUUCCGGGGGCCGGCUUCUCUGCCUGCCAUGCCGGUGCGCGCGCGCCAGGCUACGGCGCCGAAGCGGUAGCGGGAGAGGCAGCAGCGCUCUCCCGCAGUUUCUGGAGCAGAUACAGGGCCACAUGCCCGCGCUGGCCCGGGAAGCGCCGGUGCAUGGAGGCGCGCAGGCGGUGACGGUGUAUGACAUCCUGGCGUACGAGCAGCUGGAGUGCGGCGGCGGCACGCCGGAGUGCUCAGUCUGCCUCGGAGAGGUGGAGAAGGGGGAGACGGUGAAGCGGCUACCGGCGUGCCUGCACAUGUUCCACCAGCAGUGCAUCGACCCGUGGCUGCACGAGCACUCGACGUGCCCGGUCUGCCGGUGCAUCGUCUUCGCGCCAUUGGCGGCCCAAAUGGUAUGA